CCGGGAUGGAUGCCGGAAAACGACGGCUGUUGUCUUAUCCAAUUGUCUUGGGACAGUGUUUUUCCUUAAAAUUCGCUUGAAAAUUUACGCUGACCUUUGUUUCGAGCCCGGUAACACCGAUAGAGUCCCGUGGUAUUUUCCGCGAAAACCGUUUUUGUUGGAUGACCUACUUUCCAAAAGAAUCGUCGAGACGGCAAGCCUGCGUUCUACGCAAAGUGGACAUACGGUGUUAUUGUUGUUUUUUUUUCAUCCGCAAACGAAAUUAUUCAUUUUCACUUUUUUUUUAUCUCUCCCCCUGGUGCGAAAAAAACAAAAUAAAUACGUAAAUCCGUCCGCCGCAACCCCAUCGCGUUCACCGUCGUAGACCGUUCCGCCGUCGGGUCGUACAUUGACAACAACAAGAAAAUUGUCGUCCGCCGUCGACGUGUACGCAGAUAAUAUAUUCUAGGUAAAAAAUUUUUAUAUUUUUCCGCGGUCGUCCCGGACGGUUGCCGUCCUGUGUCGUGUGCCGCCGCGCCAGUGUUCAUAACAAUACCUAUAUUAUACAUGUAUCUAUGCCAGGCGACGUGAAAAACAAGUGCAAGUGAAUGACGAUGGCCUACCGACCUACAUUGCUGCCGUGGUGGCCGUCCAUCGGAAAUGCCUCGGUGCGAGCAUGACGGCGCAACUGUCGGAGUACGCGACGUCGGGCCCGAUGGCCGGCGACGAGAACGGCGGUGGCAGCAGCAGCAACGAUAGCGGCGGCGGCGGUGUCGUCGUAGUCGGUGGCUGCAGUGGCGACGAAUCUGCCGCCGAGCGACGGGUGGUAAUGAUCGCGUUUAAAAUGGAAAACGAUUGCGAUGACGAGACGGCUGCCGGUCCGUCGCGGGACGACUCGAACUCUGAACCACACGCCAUGGCCGAGCUCAAACAGCAGCAGCAUUCGCCUCCGUCGUAUUCGUCGGACGGCAAUACAGCUGAUCAAAAGUGCAUGGACCUCAGUAAUUUGAACGAAGAUGAUCAAACAUUCAUUGGAGAUUCGAAGUGCAUGGACUUGAGUCAUUUGAGUGACGAUGAUCCCAAUUUCAUUGAAGGUGGAAACGGCGGAGGAGGAGGAGGUGGUGUGUCCGGUUCCAUGGACGGCCUCCAGCAGUACGUGGCCGUCGGCGGAAACGGCGGCGGUACGCCCGUGUCCGCGGCCGCAGCCGCCGUCAACCCGUCGGCCACCGGUUCCGAGCUGCCCGACACUAAAGAGGGCAUCGAGGAACUGUGUCCCGUAUGCGGCGACAAGGUGUCCGGUUACCAUUACGGUCUGCUCACAUGCGAGUCAUGCAAAGGCUUUUUCAAGCGGACUGUGCAAAACAAAAAGGUGUACACGUGCGUAGCCGAGCGGUCGUGUCACAUCGACAAGACCCAAAGGAAACGGUGUCCGUUCUGCCGGUUCCAGAAAUGUCUCGAAGUCGGCAUGAAACUCGAAGCCGUCCGAGCGGACAGGAUGCGAGGAGGCCGAAAUAAAUUCGGGCCCAUGUACAAACGGGACAGGGCGAGAAAGUUGCAGAUGAUGCGUCAGCGACAGAUGGCCGUGCAGACGUUGCGCGGCGGCGUGGUAACGUCGGCCGGGGCCAACAACCACCACCAAUUCGCCAUGUUGGCCGGCGACGCGGUCACGCUAGGCCAGUACCCCGGAUCCACCAUCUCGUCCUCGGUGUCCAGUUUGCACAUCAAACAGGAAAUUCAGAUUCCCCAGGUGUCUUCGUUGACGUCCUCGCCCGACUCAUCUCCAAGCCCGAUCGCUGUGGCUCUGGGCCAGGCUGGACUCGGUUCCCUGACCACGGGCGCCGGUGGUACCACUUGCGUGGUCAACCAACACUCACAAAUGACGCUGCAAAUUGUGGCUUCGGCUAACGGCAACAACAAUAACAACAACACUAGCAGCAGUAACAACAACAGCACGGGCGUGACCAACAUGACCGGCGCAAACGGUGGAGUCCCACCGUCACAACACCAGCAACAUCACCAACAGGCACAACAGCAACAACAGCAACAACAGCAACAGCAACAACAGUCGGCGGGACCAGCCUCGUCCUUGUUGUCCGUAAACAAAAUGUGGUCGCCACCGUCGUCGCCGAAGAACUACCUGUUGUCCGCUCACCAGCAGCAACAGCAGCAACACCACGUGCCACAGCAGCAACAGCAGCAGCAACAACAGCAACAGCAGCAACAACAGAUGGUGGUGGAUGGCGGCGGUAGCUCGUCGACCGCCGCGACCGCCAACGGUGGCGGCAGCGGUGUCAAAGGUAUGUCGCCCAUGAUCCGGGACUUUGUGCAGGGACUGGACGACCGGGAGUGGCAGAGCUCGCUUUUCGGUCUGUUGCAAAACCAGACGUACAACCAGUGCGAAGUCGAUCUGUUCGAACUCAUGUGCAAGGUCCUCGACCAAAAUCUAUUCUCGCAAGUGGACUGGGCGCGGAACUCGGUGUUCUUCAAAGAUUUGAAGGUAGACGACCAGAUGAAACUGUUGCAGCACUCGUGGUCCGACAUGCUGGUGCUAGACCACAUCCACCAGCACAUGCACAACAACCUGGCCAACGAGAUCAUGUUGCACAACGGGCAAAAGUUUGAUCUACUCGCUCUCGGUCUGCUUGGCGUCACCACGAUGGCUGACUGUUUCGCCCAGGUCAUCGACAGGUUACAGGAGCUCAAGUUUGACGUCGGUGAUUACAUUUGCCUAAAGUUCCUGCUACUGUUGAACCCUGACGUCAAAGGGAUCGGCAACAGUAAACACGUUCACGAAGGUCACGAACAAGUAUUGAAGGCUUUGUUGGACUAUUGCAUCACAGCCAACUCUCAAGUACAGGACAAAUUUACCAAAUUGUUGUCCGUGCUGCCCGAAAUCCAUCACAUAGCCACCAGAGGCGAGGAGAGUCUGUACUUGAAGCACUGUAGCGGCGGCGCUCCCACGCAGACGUUGCUCAUGGAGAUGCUGCACGCCAAGCGAAAAUAACACAAAUCACACAAUACACACAUACACACCACUCACCACCAAAAUAUUAUAUAUUUUAUAACAAUAAUAGCGUAUACUGUUGUUGUUAUUAUUAU